AUGAGUAAUUAUGAAUUUUAUGCCAAUGUCUCACAUGUUUUGAUUUUAACUGUUUUCACGCACACUUCGUACACGCUGCAGAAACCGUUUUCGCCGACGUCGCUCAGGUCGACGUUGUCCACUACACAACGUCAGGUGAACGCCGUCAACACGUCUUCGACGAGCGGCAAGAGACGCGACUCGCUGUCCAGCUCGGCCGGGGCCUCGUCGGUGCGCCGUCUCAUCGAAGUGGUCCGAACAACCCCGUCCAACAUGGGACCUGUGUACAGUCGGAGGCUGUUGUGCCGGAACUACGUCACGCUGUGCCUUGGACACGGCGCGGCGGCCGCCGCUUUGGUUCCAUUUAUGGCACUGCAGGGUUCCAUAUCCGCUUGGUGGUGGCCGGACAAUUUGAAGCAGAAUGGUGGGUUUACUACAGUUACUACGGACAUUGGCUCUGUUUUACUGUCUGCAAUGUUUGGCAUGGCAGCGAUGAGUGCGCUAUUUGGGCCUACGGCUGUCCAUCGGCUAGGCACCAGGACAUGUCUGGUGGCCGGUUACCUAGUAUCUGUUGCAUUCGUCAUCGUACAUCUGUAUCCAAAAGUGACGGUACUGGCACCCGGUUACUUCCUAAUGGGUGCUUGGUUAGGAUGCUGGACCGCAUCCCGGACUGCAGUGCUUAUGGCGCUUGCAUCUAAAAUGGCGUACGUGCUAUCCGACCGAGAAGAGUUCGAACUCGAAGGCAACGGUCGGCGGGAGGCGGUGGCCAGGAAUUUGGCCAGAGGGCUCCAGGUUGCUCAUGAUAUGGGAUUGAUCGCUGGAAACGCAUUCGUCGCAUAUAUGAUAAGUGGCACGCGGACGGACGACAUUCUAGGGACCAUGUUCGCCAGGGACAAUGGACCUGGAACAGAUCGGACUUGCGGUAGCGUCGCCUGCCCACUGGUAAAUACAGUGGAAAUCAAACUCGGGAUCGCUGCCAAUUUUUCGUCCAACCAGACAGUCGCAUUGAUCGACGUCCGAAAUCACAUGGUCUUGCCAUGCAAAACCACGCAGCUGUUGGCUAGCGUCUUUGCUGGUUGUUGUUUUGUCGGCGUGGCUGUCACCGCAACUUUCAUGACCCGCAUUAGACUAUUCGUGUACGCCUCCGCAUCUGAGAAACGAAAAUCGGAUAGCGCUCGCUCGUUUGCAGCCGUCCGGGAUGCAUUCCGCAACACCAAACUUCAGCUCAUAGCCCCGCUGUCGUUGUUCAUUGGACUUGAACAAGGAUUUAUCUAUUCCGAUUUCUCCAAGUUUUACGUCGUGUGUUCCGUGGGUGUGUCCAAUGUACCCACAGUUCUGCUGAGCUUGGGACUGCUACAAUUGGUAGCCGGUUUUACCGUGAGUCUGAUUCUGCAACACAUCCGCCGGUACCAUAUAAUAGUGAUUGGGUUAGCGUUUCAUUCAUGUUUGUUAAUGGUGUUGAUGAAGUGGAAACCGUCCGGUGACGAUGCUGCGCUAUUGUACGUCAUAGCAGCCGCCUGGGGCGUAUGCAAUGCCAUUUGGAACACAUUAUGUUUCAACUUCGUGAUAUCUCUGUAUCCGGACUACUGGCACGGACCGAUGGCGCACGGCUACUUCUUCCGGUACAUGGGUAUGGCGCUGGCGUUCUGGAUGCACAGCGCCGUGUGCAACACCACCAAACUGUACUGCCUGUCGGCUGUCCUGGUGGUGGCCGUGGUGCUGUACGGCUGGCUGGAGUGGCGGCUGCAACUGACCGGAAAACGGCGACGGACCGCCAACCGUUCUUCAUGACGACAGAUCGGAGCCGCGUCCGGCAAGUAGCACACUGCCGCCGUCGCAGCCGUCGCACAAGUCGUUGCCAUGCCGUCGACCAGGAUUCGUGUCCGCGAUCCAAAUGACCAAUAAUCGUGUGCUCCUCGCCCUCCCCCCUCGCUAAUUCGAAGAUGUUCAUCGCGUCCCUGCACUUGCAGCCACCCCCCAUCAACCGCCGCCGUUGUCGUCAAUCAUCGUCAUCGUCUGCAGCAACGUACCCAGUGCUGGAUUUAGCGGAGGUGCAGCGAGUGCAACGCGCCGUAGCCUAGAGGCCGAGUUUGUUUUAGGAGCCUCGGGUUGAUCCUAGAUUUUUUGACAAUUUCUAAAGCGAUAAACGAUUAAAAAUAUUGAAUAAUGGUCGAGUAAAAUGUAUUUUGAAAAAUUACCCGAACCCGCGUCUAUUUUAAGCUGUUAAAUGGACCCUAAUAACGUGACUCGAUUUAAAGAAGUACACGAGCCGUGAGAUUCUACUUAUAUUUGAAUUUUUUUUUCUUUUAAACCCGUCUUCACUUUUUUCAAACGCAAAAAAAUAAAUACAUAACGCGCAUCAAA